AGGGGGCCCGGGGAAAAAGCCCCGCGCCCGGCCCGGCCCGGCCCGGCCCGGCAGGACGGGUCCCGCAGCCGCCUCACUCCCGCCCUCCCUUCCUGCCGGCGGUCGCUGCCGCCGCCGCUCUCCCCGCCCCCGGCCGUGUGUGCGGAAGCUGCCGGCGCCCGGGAUUGUGGGAGCGGGGGGGACGCGGCGCGGGGAGGGGACGCGGCCGCGGCUGGAGGGUUCCGGUGUGGGGCGCAGACGUGUCGGCCGGGGCCGCGGAGCGACAGGCGCUGCCCCUGCCCGCUCGGAACCCUGCCCGGCCCGGGGCCGGCCCGGCGGCACCAUGGCCGGGACCAGCAGCCCCGAAGCGGUGAAGAAGCUGCUGGAAAACAUGCAGGGGGACCUGCGGGGCCUGAGCCUGGAGUGCCGGAAAAAAUUCCCCCCCGUCAAAGAGGCUGCUGAAUCAGGAAUAAUAAAAGUGAAAACAAUAGCUGCACGAAACACAGAUAUUUUGGCAGCAUUGAAAGAGAACAGCUCAGAGGUGGUUCAGCCUUUUCUGAUGGGUUGUGGAACAAAAGAACCAAAGAUCACUCAGCUGUGUCUAGCAGCCAUACAGAGGCUCAUGUCUCAUGAAGUUGUUUCGGAGGCUGCAGCUGGAAACAUUAUUAAUAUGCUUUGGCAAUUGAUGGAGAACAGUCUUGAAGAACUUAAAUUGCUCCAGACAGUUCUUGUACUUUUAACAACCAAUACAGUUGUGCAUGAUGAAGCACUGUCCAAGGCAAUUGUACUUUGCUUUCGAUUGCACUUCACAAAAGAUAAUAUCACAAAUAACACUGCGGCAGCUACAGUGCGGCAGGUAGUGACUGUCGUGUUUGAGAGAGUGGUUGCUGAAGAUGAACGAUACAAAGGUGCUGUUGACCAGCCAGCUGCAGUUCAAGGGAAUAGUAAUAGAAGAUCUGUCAGUACACUGAAGCCAUGUGCUAAGGAUGCAUAUAUGCUUUUUCAGGAUCUUUGUCAAUUAGUUAAUGCUGAUGCUCCCUACUGGCUUGUGGGUAUGACAGAAAUGACACGGACAUUUGGCCUUGAACUUCUUGAGUCAGUCCUCAAUGACUUUCCACAAGUGUUUUUACAACAUCAGGAAUUCAGUUUUCUUCUUAAAGAAAGGGUAUGCCCUCUUGUUAUAAAGCUCUUCUCCCCAAAUAUCAAAUUCAGGCAAGGUUCCACCACCUCAUCUUCCCCAGCACCAGUGGAAAAACCAUACUUUCCCAUCUGUAUGCGUUUGCUGCGAGUAGUUUCUGUUUUGAUUAAACAGUUUUACAGUUUGCUGGUAACGGAAUGUGAAAUCUUUCUGUCAUUACUGGUUAAGUUUCUGGAUGCAGACAAACCACAGUGGCUACGAGCUGUUGCAGUAGAAUCUAUUCACAGGCUUUGCGUGCAGCCUCAGCUAUUAAGGUCUUUUUGUCAGUCGUAUGAUAUGAAGCAACAUUCCACUAAAGUUUUCCGUGAUAUUGUGAAUGCACUGGGGUCCUUUAUCCAGUCUCUAUUUCUUGUACCAAGCACAGGAAACACAUCAGCAACUCCAAACCAAACUGGAAGCAAUGCAUCAGGGAAUACUGGCUCAGCACAAACUAACCCAGGAGUGCUUGGAAUGGGUGGAGGUGCUACUGUAUUACCUGCUUUUGAGUACAGAGGCACUUGGAUACCCAUCCUGAAUGUAACAGUACAAGGCAGUGCUAAAGCUACAUAUUUGGAGAUGCUAGACAAAGUUGAGCCACCUACAAUUCCUGAGGGCUAUGCAAUGUCAGUGGCAUUUCACUGUUUGCUGGAUCUCGUCCGUGGUAUCACUACCAUGAUCGAAGGAGAGUUGGGAGAGGCAGAAACUGUCAUUCAAACCACAACAGAGGCAACUUCAUUACCAGCACAGUCUUCAGAGCAAGAUUUGCAGUCUGUUUCUGACCAAUCAGAGAAAGAACUAGUUAGCAGAGCUGUCUGGGAAGAAAUGGUGAAUGCUUGUUGGUGUGGUCUUCUGGCUGCUCUAUCCCUUCUACUUGAUGCAAGCACUGAUGAAGCUGCCACUGAAAAUAUUCUAAAAGCAGAAUUGACCAUGGCUGCACUUUGUGGAAGACUGGGUCUUGUAACAUCAAGAGAUGCCUUUAUUACUGCCAUUUGCAAAGGAUCCUUGCCUCCUCACUACGCCCUUACUGUAUUAAACAGUACAACUGCAGCUCUGUCCAGCAAAUCAUAUUCCAUUCAGGGGCAGAAUGUUCAAAUGAUUAGUCCCUCAAGUGAAUCUCACCAGCAAGUUGUAGCAGUAGGGCAACCCUUAGCUCUUCAGCCACAGGGAACAGUUAUGCUGACAUCAAAAAAUAUCCAGUGUAUGAGGACAUUACUUAACUUAGCUCACUUCCAUGGAGCAGUUCUUGGUACAUCGUGGCAACUUGUCCUGGCUACCCUUCAGCAUCUUGUGUGGAUUCUGGGACUGAAGCCUAGUGUUGGGGGUGCAUUAAAACCUGGAAGAGCUGUGGAAGGGCCAAGCACAGUUCUGACUACAGCAGUUAUGACUGAUCUGCCAUCUAUAUCCAGCAUGAUUUCAAAGCUUUUUGAAAACUCACAGUACCUUGACGAUGUGUCUUUACAUCACUUAAUAAAUGCCCUUUGCUCCUUGUCUCUGGAAGCCAUGGAUAUGGCCUAUGGAAACAAUAAGGAACCAUCACUUUUUGCUGUUGCUAAAUUACUGGAAACGGGACUAGUUAACAUGCGCAGGAUUGAGAUUCUUUGGAGACCUCUGACCGGUCAUCUUCUGGAGGUCUGUCAGCAUCCCAACUCCAGAAUGAGAGAAUGGGGAGCAGAAGCUUUAACUUCUCUCAUUAAAGCAGGACUGACAUUCAGACAUGAUCCUCCAUUAUCUCAAAAUCAGAGACUGCAGUUGCUUUUAUUGAAUCCACUAAAGGAGCUGUCAAACAUUAGUCAUCCUGAUAUCAGGAUCAAGCAGCUGGAGUGUGUGCUACAGAUUUUACAGAGUCAGGGUGACAGCUUAGGACCUGGUUGGCCAUUGGUGCUUGGAGUCAUGGGGGCAAUCCAAAGUGAUCAGGGAGAGUCCUUAAUACGGACUGCAUUCCAGUGUCUUCAGCUGGUUGUGACCGACUUCCUUCCUACAAUGCCAUGUACUUGUCUGCAGAUAGUUGUUGAAGUUGCAGGAAGCUUUGGACUUCACAAUCAAGAGCUAAAUAUUAGCUUAACUUCAAUUGGUUUGCUGUGGAAUAUUUCAGAUUAUUUUUUCCAAAGAGGUGAAAUAAUUGAAAAGGAGCUAAACAAAGAAGAAGCAGUGUUGCAGAAACAGGCAGAAGAAAAAGGAGUGUUGCUGAACAGACCUUUCUAUCCUGCAUCACCAUUUGACUGCCUUUGGUUAUGCCUGUAUGCCAAACUUGGAGAACUGUGUGUGGAUCCCCGACCUGCAGUUAGAAAGAGCGCUGGGCAGACAUUGUUUUCUACUAUUGGUGCUCAUGGAACUUUACUGCAACAUUCAACGUGGCACACAGUAAUAUGGAAGGUUUUAUUUCACCUGUUGGAUAGGGUUCGAGAAUCUUCUACGACAGCUGACAAAGAGAAGAUUGAAUCAGGAGGAGGCAACAUUCUCAUUCAUCAUUCAAGGGAUACAGCUGAGAAACAGUGGGCUGAGACAUGGGUAUUAACACUGGCUGGAGUUGCAAGAAUAUUUAACACUAGGAGAUACUUACUGCAGCCUCUAGGAGACUUUUCCCAAGCCUGGGAUGUUCUUCUUGAUCACAUCCAGUCAGCAGCACUUAGCAAAAAUAAUGAAGUUUCCUUGGCUGCUCUGAAAAGCUUCCAGGAAAUCCUACAAAUUGUUUCUCCUGUUCGAGACUCUGAGAAGCCUGAGACACCACCUGCCAUCAAUGUUUCUGUACCUUUGGUGGUAGGGACAACUACUGCCACUAGUCUUGGCAGAUCAUUCAUGAGAACAGACUCCAUAGGAGAAAGAAUAGGAAGAUAUAAUGGAUCUGAACCUCCUGUAAUAACAGAUGAGAUUGAAGAUUUGAAUCUUUGGUGGGCAGCUUGGAACAGCUGGUAUAGGAUUGGAUCAGAAAGUACAAAGCCUCCAAUUACUUGUGAUAAAUUGACUUUCAUUCCCAGCCAGCCUUUUCUUACAGCGUUAAUUCAGAUAUUCCCAGCUCUUUACCAACACAUCAAAACUGGUUUCAGCAUGGAUGAUCUCCAAAAGCUGGGUGUCAUUUUGCACGGUGCUGUUUCAGUUCCAAUCAGUUCAGAUGCUUCCCCUUUCAUCCUUCCAUCUUACACUGAAGCAGUUCUGACAAGUUUACAGGAAGCAGUGCUUACAGCUUUAGAUGUUUUACAAAAGGCUAUAUGUGUGGGAUCAGAAGGUAUGCAGAUAAUGUAUCCUGCAAUCUUUGACCAACUACUGGCCUUUGUAGAAUUUUCCUGCAAGCCUCCACAGUAUGGACAGUUGGAAACAAAGCAUAUUGCAAAUGCAAAGUAUAAUCAGAUACAACUUUUUGCACCGGCGGAAUGGGUGGCAUUGAAUUACGUACCGUUUGCAGAGAGAUCAUUGGAAGUUGUGGUGGACUUAUACCAAAAGACAGCUUGCCACAAAGCUGUGGUAACAGAGAAGGUUCUUCAGAACAUUAUUAAGACACUUAGAAUACCUCUUAGUCUGAAGUACUCAUGUCCUUCUGAAAGCACAUGGAAGCUAGCUGUGUCCUCUCUUCUCAAAGUUCUCUCCAUUGGACUACCUGUUGCAAGGCAGCAUGCAUCUUCCGGAAAAUUUGACAGUAUGUGGCCAGAGCUAGCAAAUACUUUUGAAGACUUUUUAUUCACGAAAAGUAUGUUUAUUUUUAGUACACCUCCUGAUAAUCUCUCAAUUCAAGAAUUUCAGAAGAAUGAGAGUAUUGAUGUUGAGGUGGUGCAGCUUAUCAGCACAGAGAUACUGCCAUAUGCUAAUUUUAUUCCUAAGGAAUUUGUUGGUCAGAUAAUGACUAUGCUCAAUAAAGGCUCAAUACAUUCUCAGUCAUCCUCCUUUACAGAAGCAGAAAUAGAUAUUCGAAUGAGAGAAGAGUUUUCUAAGGUGUGUUUUGAAACACUUCUCCAGUUUUCAUUCAGUAAUAAAGUCACAACUCCUCAAGAAGGCUACAUCUCUAGAAUGGCACUUUCGGUGCUCUUGAAAAGGUCACAGGAUGUAUUGCAUCGCUACAUAGAAGAUGAGAGAUUGAGUGGCAAAUGUCCUCUUCCACGGCAGCAAGUAACAGAAAUCAUAUUUGUUUUAAAAGCUGUCAGUACUCUCAUAGAUUCACUUAAGAAGACUCAACCUGAAAAUGUUGAUUCUAGUACCUGGGCACAAGUUAUUGCCUUGUACCCAACUUUAGUAGAAUGUAUCACCUGCUCAUCCUCAGAAGUGUGCUCUGCUUUGAAGGAGGCACUGGUUCCCUUUAAGGACUUCAUGCAUCCACCAGCAGCCAAGAUAAACCAUGAAAUACUCAAGAAAACCAGCACAAUGAAGCAAAGAAAAAGGAACAGGUGAAGGCAGUAGUGAAGUAUUCCUCUCCUGUGUAGAGCUGAAUUGAAGCAAUGCUGUUCAACUUGGCACUAGAAGAGAUAGGGUGAGUCUCUUGUACCUGGAGAUGAAUAGCAGCAGCAAUCCAUUACCGAACGUUUUAUUCUCCAGUGCUGUGAAAUUGGGAUUCAGCUGUCGAGACAGCAUUAGAGAACUGCUGAAGUAGUUUUAAAGUAUCCACUUCCUCCUAAUGAAUAGCCUUGCUGGAAUACAACUUUUGUGUUUUGCGAAUAAAUAUAUGGAGGUUUUUUUCUUAUGCCAAAGCUUUCUGUAUUGAUCAGUGAAAGUACUGAAGGAGAAACAGUGACAGUGGGGGAAUCAUGCUGCUGUCUGAGCAGCUUCUUAUCUCCUCACACCCAGCAGAGGUGGAGGAGCUCCUCAGCAUCCUCAUAAAUCUCUAGUGAGUGUGAGAGGGAAAAUGAGGGGACAAUAAAUGACAAAAGGAAGGAUGAGAAAUAAAAGAUUCCCAAGGUUGGGAGUAAAUGUGCAUACAUGCAGCUGAAGGAAGUUGACAAAGAGUCACAGUUCUCCAUCUUCAUACCUCUUCAGAGAGCUGAUGUAUGGACAGCACCAGUGGCACUGCCCCUGUCCUUCGCUAGGAGCCCCGUAAUGCUCAUCUGCCACAAUACCCAUAAGAAAUGAGCUGGCUAAGAAAUCCUGCUCCAUCCCAGCCUCUUCAUCACAGCCCUCACACGGGAACUGUUCUAUAAACAAGUGUGUGCCCAAACCCCCUGAGGCUGCAUCUGCAUGGCUGGAUGAAGAGAGACCUGAGGACUUUUCUCUCCCUGCAUUUGGAGACAUCCAGGCACAUGCUAUGUUUGAUAGAAUUCAGAAAUGUUUUUUAUGUGGGCAAUAAAUACAGUAAG